AUGGCGCCCUCAAGAGCUCCCCUCAAGGCUGGCGACUACACCGUCCUUCCGCUCACCGUCCCCGGAAUUUCUUCGUUCCCGCAACAGACGACCCACUACCUAUACGUGCGUCCGCACGCGCCUAGGGUUCCGGAUGAGAACACGCCGCGCUCGCUUUACGCCAACAACCUGCCCAUCGAUGCAAAUGAAUCCUCUCUCCGCGCGCUUUUUGCGAAACAGCUAGGCGGUGCAAGGAUAGAGCGCGUCGAGAUCGACGGCGCCCGGCCCAAGAAGAGCACACGCGGCGCCGCCAUCAGCGCAAAGGCAGGCAAGAAGAGGAAGCGAGGCGCGGAAACCGGCGUUGGAGAUAUUGGUUUGCCAGACACUUGGGACGCCGAAGUCCUCAGCAGCGGAAGCGGUGCUGUUUUGGUGUUCGUGGACAGGACGAGUGCGGAGCUGGCUAUGAAGGAGGUUACUCGCGCUGCGAAGAAGAGGGCUGAGAUUGUGUGGACGUCGGAUAUGCCCCUCGGCAUGGAGAGAUACCGCACACACCAUGAACUGACGUUCCCCUCCAGCGACGUUCUGCAGGCGACAGUCAACGGUUAUCUUACUCAAUGGGCCACUAUGGAAGCAGCCCGGGCGAGGGCCCUCAAGCAAGCCCGGAACGUGCCAGACGACGAUGGUUUCAUUACGGUUACAAAGGGCGGUCGCGCUGGUCCUGCGAAACUGGAGGAGGCGCAGGCUGUGGCAGAGAAGCUGAAGGAGAGGCAGAAGCCGCCAGCGGAUUUCUACAGAUUCCAGACCCGGGAGAAGAAGAAGGAGAGCGCGGAGCGGUUGAAGAGGGAAUUCCAGGAGGACAGAAAGAGGGUCGAGCGCAUGAGAGCCCGCAGAGGGAAGAUCAGGCCCGAAAGUUGA